AUGGAAGUACUUAAAAAACUACUAAGUAGAACUAAUGUUAAUUAUAUUCAGUUAAUUGACCGAGAAGCAGAUGACCUAAUUGCUUCUUUUAUUCAACAAAGCACCAAAGAACGACCAGAAAUAAAUUUUGCUAUUUUUACCCGUGAUAAAGAUUUAUUACAAUUGCUUAGUGAAAAUACUGAUAUUUUAAAGUAUAUUAAUAACAAAAUUACCCUUUAUACUUCUCAUCAUUUUUCCCAAGAAUAUAAUUUCCUACCAAAAAAUUAUGUUGAUUAUUUAAGUUUAUUAGGCGAUAAGGCUGAUAACGUUGCCGGAGUAAAAGGAAUCGGUCCGGUCAGUGCCAAAAAUUUAAUUCAACAAUUUCAGACAGUAGAAAAUAUUUACCAAAAAUUAGAAAAUUUACCAGAAAACAUCAAAAAAUUAUUAGAAAAUAAGCAGGAAUUAGUUUUUCGUAAUAAAAAAAUUAUUAAGUUAGAAGAAAAUAUUUCCUUGCCAAGCGAACUAUAUAAAAAUUGUGAUUUUGGCUGGGAAAAAUGGAAAAAUAAUGAGGAAUUACAAAAAUUUUGUUUAGAUAAUAAGUUUAAUAGUAUACUUAAAUUACUUAUCGAUUAG